GUAAUGCACCAAGCUGUUGUUUGCAAACCACCAACGAAAACCUAAGAAGAAAAAGACCAAUCACAGAAAGACCACAUCUGAAGUUAGUCGUGUGACCUGCCGCGUUCAGAGACCAGCGGCACUGCACCAGUAGCUGGACAACAGAUAAUCAUGUGCAUCUGGGUGUGCACAUUGUUUCUCUCCACUCUCUUCCACAGCGGCUGGACCGUUGGUGGUCAAUGCCGCUCUGAUCAACCACAUUUAAGGCUGGACCCUGAGGUCAACAUGAACAUUACGGAGAUCAUUCAGAGAUGGGGUUACCCUGCGGAGGAGCAUGAGGUUCUGACAGAAGACGGCUACAUCCUGAGUGUCAACAGGAUCCCUCAUGGACUCAAACACACAGCAGGUCUGAGGUCAGCAGUCUUCCUACAGCAUGGACUCUUGGCUGCCGGCAGUAACUGGAUCACCAACCUUCCUAACUCCAGCCUGGGCUACGUGCUGGCAGAUGCUGGCUACGACGUGUGGAUCGGGAACAGCCGGGGGAACACCUGGUCCAGGAAACAUCAGACUCUGAGCCCAGACCUUGAGGAUUUCUGGAGGUUCAGCUAUGAUGAAAUGGCUCUGAAGGAUCUUCCUGCAGUUGUCAACCACAUUUUGAAGGUGACGGGUCAGGAGCAGAUCUUCUACGUCGGACACUCCCAAGGAACCACCAUAGCAUUCAUAGCGUUCUCCACGCUGCCGGAGCUGGCCAGUAAGAUUCGGCUGUUCUUUGGAUUGGCUCCUGUAGCGACCGUGGCAUUCACCGGCAGCCCCAUGACCAAACUGUCUGUCCUGCCAGAUUUUCUGAUCUGGGACCUGUUUGGAAAGCGGGACUUCCUGCCGCAGAGCCAGUACAUCAAAUGGUUGGCUGAACAUGUGUGUGCGAGGACGUUGCUGAACAAGCUGUGUGGAAACCUCUUCUUCAUCCUCUGCGGUUUUGACGAGAAAAACCUCAACAUGACUCGGACUCCGGUCUUCACCACUCACUGUCCUGCUGGGACCUCUGUCCAGAACAUGAUCCACUGGGCGCAGGCUGUCCAUAGAGGGAAACUAAUGGCAUUUGACUUUGGACCACAAGGAAACAGAAGGCACUACAACCAGUCAACUCCUCCAGAGUUUCGGGUCCAGGACAUGAAAGUUCCCACUGCCCUGUUUUCUGGGGGACAUGAUACUUUAGCAGACCCAAAAGACAUCGCUGUUCUUCUCACUCAGGUGUCCAACCUGGUCUACCAUCAGCACAUCAAGCACUGGGAACAUCUGGAUUUCAUCUGGGGGCUGGAUGCUCCUCAGGUUAUGUUUCCGUCCAUUCUGAAGCUGCUGCAGGAAUAUCGGUAGAGAUGCAGAGGACACUGGUUCUUCUUAGGGACCAGCAGAGUUCAGGAUGUGUUGAGUGAAGGUCCAGCAGCCAUGUUUAAUCCAGCACGUUUUAUAAUGUUUUUAUAAUGUACUACCAGAAUUUUGAUUUAGAGGGAAGAAAAAGUUUACAGAACAGCAGCUGAUAUGUUUUAACUCGGUUCUACAAGUUCUGACAGAGAGCUGUCAGAACCUUUAUUCAUAUGCUAUGUAGUCUCUGAAGUGGGUUCAGGCUCAUGGUUCUAGAACAACAAGCAGAGUUCAGUAUUCUGGUCCAGAACCAACUAGAAGCUCUGCCCAGGCUUCAUUAAAGGUCCAAACUGAACUGUUUUGUAUUCAACCAGCUGCUGGCUGAUUAAAGACAGAUGCUCUAAUUGGAUGGAACCUGCAAUGGAACAGAGUGUCCAAAUCUGUCUGUGUCAAAUCUACAUGUUGAAACAUCACAGAACAAUCUUUAAAUGUUAGAACUUCACCUGGUUUUCCAAUGUUACCAGAAACAAGAACUUUGAAGUCUUUGGUUCAGUCCAAAUGCAAUCAAUGUAGAUGGUUGGUCUGAGCUUCCAACUCUUGUUCUGAUAAAACUUGAAUGCAGUGUGAAUUGAAGCUGCAGAACCAGCAUCAGAACCAUAAGCAGAGCUGGUUCCUUCCAGCAGAUUCUUGUUUAUGAGCAACUCUGGACAUGUAGGAGACGUUCUGACCUUUAGAGAUUCUGUUUGACAUCUCUGCUGGUUCUGAUCAUCCUGUCUACCCAGAUGGAAUUUAUUCUGACUUUGGACCUUUUAAUGAAAUCUGUCCUCAGAAUGUUUUUUAGAGCAGCUGUCCAAUCAGAGUGCAGCAACUGAACACAGCCUAAUCUGAAAACAGGAAGUGAAGCUGAAACAUUCGCAGUAUCUGGGUCUGGACUUCCUGUUUUAAUUUCAGCCUCACAGACAGCUGCAGGUGUGUGUUGUACUGUAACGUGUUAGGAAAUAAUGACCAUGUUGUUCAUGAUAAACUGUGAAUUAAAGCUGCUGUUUCAUACCCACA